GUAGGAAUAGAAGAUUCUUGGUUUGUGUUCUAACGUGACUUCCUCAAUCUCGUGAGAUUAUCGUGCUCAUUUCAGUGACGCAAGAUAUCAGCGCCUGCCUUUUUCUGAACCUAUUAUAUCAUUAUAGACUGUAACCGUCGACGAUGAGCAGCAAGGAGAAGAGAAGGGGCAUCCUGGAGCGACUAAAUGCUGGGGAGGUGGUUGUAGGAGAUGGAGGUUAUGUGAUGCAGCUAGAGCGACGUGGCUAUGUGAAGGCUGGACACUGGACACCUGAGGCUGCUGUUGAACAUCCUGAAGCAGUUCGGCAGCUGCACAGGGAGUUCCUGAGAGCAGGAGCCAAUGUGAUUCAGACAUUCACCUUCUACUGCAGUGAGGAUAAACUGGAGAUCAGUGGCAAUGUCACCAACAUCACCGGGGCCCAGAUCAAUGAGGCAGCCUGUGACCUGGCCAGGGAGGUAGCCAAUGAGGGUGAUGCAUUGGUUGCUGGGUGUGUGUCUAAGACUCCCUGUUAUGUGAAGAGUCACAGUGAGACUGAGGUCAAGGCCAUCUUUAAGAAACAGAUGGAUGACUUCCUCAAGAAGGACAUUGAUUUCUUUAUAGUGGAGUUUGUUGAUCAUGUGGAAGAGGCAGUGUGGGCAGUGGAGGUGCUUAAGACCAGUGGUAAACCAGUAGGUGCAACACUGUGCAUCUCCCCUCAUGGAGACAUGCACGGCGUCCCACCUGGAGAGUGUGCUGUCAGGCUGGUCAAAGCUGGAGCUGACAUUGUUGGAGUAAAUUGCCACUUGGAUCCUCUGACAUGCGUUCAAACAGUGAAGUUGAUGAAAGCGGGAUUAGAGAAAGCUGGUCUCAAAGCCCAUCUCAUGAUCCAGCCGCUGGGCUUUCACACACCUGAGCGCAACAUCGGCGGAUACACCAGCCUACCCGAAUACCCCUUCGCACUGGAGACCAGAGCAAUGACCCGCUGGGACAUCCAUAAGUACGCCAGAGAGGCUUACAAUGCUGGAAUUCGCUACAUUGGUGGCUGCUGUGGAUUUGAGCCCUACCAUAUCAGAGCUAUAGCAGAAGAAGUGGCUGCAGAGAGAGGAUUCCUCCCACCAGCUUCAGAGAAGCACGGACUUUGGGGAGCUGCUCUGGAGAUGCACACUAAACCCUGGGUCAGAGCCAGGGCUCGUCGGGAGUACUGGGAGAACCUUUUGCCCGCUUCUGGACGUCCCAAAUGCCCUUCCAUGGCCACACCAGCCGAUGAUUAUGAACAACAGCUUGAAACAAAAAUACAAAUGUGAUCUCUUGUAUAGACUAUGCAGUUUAGUGAAUUUGUUGUAUGUGUGAUCGGAUGGUUCCCUUUUUUCACAUCCUGUAAUGAAUGGCAAUUGAGGA